UCUAUCUCUAUUCUUUUCUUUGUAGAUUAUUUGAAACGAUGGAAGGUGGUGGUUUCAAUUUCGCAGAUUAUCCUGUUAUUGUUGGUAUCGAUUUCGGUACAACUUAUUCUGGUUGUUGUUAUGCUUUUGCUCAAAAUGAAGAAGUAUUUGAUAUUGUUAAAUGGCCAAAACAGAACAACAAUAUUUAUCCAAAGACACCAUCAUUGGCAUUAUAUCGAAAAGGAUCAACUUCAUUAGUAGAUUGGGGUCAUGCAGCUCGACGUAUUGCUAUGAAACCAAAUAGCCAAGACUAUUUACUCAUGUCUAAAUUCAAACUUUUCUUGAUGGAUGAUACUCAAGAUACUUUACCAAAUGGUCUCAAUGUUAUUGAUGUUAUUGCUGAUUAUUUGCGAGCUUUCCAUGAUCAUGUUAAAAGUGAACUUUUAAAAGGUUUUGCUGGGAAUUAUGAUCAAAGCAAAUUCAGAUAUUGUCUUACUGUACCUGCCAUGUGGAGUGAUCGUGCAAAGGCUGCUACUCGUGAAGCUGCUAUUCGUGCUGGUUUAGUAUUACGAUCUGAUCAUCCCGAACGUCUUAUGUUAAUUUCUGAACCUGAAGCUGCUGCUCUUUAUUGUGAAAAGAAAUCUGAACAAUUUAAUUUAGCUCAUGGUCAACGUUUUAUGAUUUGUGAUGCUGGUGGUGGUACUGUGGAUUUGAUUGUUUUUGAAAUUGAUCAAAAACCUGGACAAAAACGUACUCUUAAAGAAGUGACAAAUGGUCAUGGUGGUUCUUGUGGUUCGGCCUUUCUGGAUGUCAAUAUGCGCGAAUACAUCAAAAGAAAAUUCUCUCAUCUUGGAUCUAUUAAUGAUACAGCAAUGGAACAUAUUAUGGAUACAUUUGUUAAUAUUAUCAAGCCUGAAUUUGAUGGUUAUGAAGAUCAUUUCUUGGAUCUACCAGCAUCUAUGGGACUUGGUGAUUUAACUGAUGAAACUAUUGGUUUAGAAAAUGGAUCUAUCUGUUUGCCUGCUCAAGAACUUUGUGAACAAGUAUUUGAACCAGUCAUUAUCCAAGUCUUACAACUUAUUGAAGGUCAACUCAAUCAAUCUUUCAAUUUGGAAGCAAUCUUCUUAGUGGGUGGGUUUGGUCAAUCCAACUAUUUGUUCCGUCGAGUAGAAGAAGUAUUUGCAAAUCGUGUCGGUAUGAUUGGUGUUCCUCCUCGUGGUGAAUUGGCUGUCGUACGUGGUGCUGUUUACUUUGGUCUUAGUCCUCAACAAAUCACUGAACGUGUUUCUCGAAGAACUUAUGGUGUUGAAACUCGUAUGAUUUUCCAACAAGAUGUCGAUCCUGAAGAAUAUUCCGUUAUUGGUGUAGAUGGUCGAAAAUAUUGUCGUCAACGUUUCAGUGUAUAUGUACAAAAAGGUCAAAGUGUCAAGGUAGAUGAAUGUGUAUCUAAAACCUUUGUGAUUAGUUACCCUAGUGAUACGGAUUCUGAUUUGUAUGCUUUUGAUGGAGAAGGACCCCCUCCUCGCUUGACAUCACAUCCAAGUAUCCAAAAAGUUGGUCAUUUUCCUAUUCGUAUGCCAACAUUAGAAGGAAUGAAACCUGGAGAAAAAGUGAACAUGACAAUUCGUAUGUACUUUGGUCUGACAGAAAUCAAGAUUGAAUGUAUCAUCAAAGAUAAAAUCAUCGUAUUUACUUCAGCAUUUGAAGCCUCAGACGGCAGUGCUCAAGAAAUUGGUGCUGGAUAUGUUCAAGAUGCUUAUGGUGCUCCUCCUGCAGUAGCAAUGGAUCCUUAUGGAACUCCUUCUAUCAAUGCCAGUCAAACCUCUUUUGCUGGUUAUCCUCCAAAUGGUGGUUAUGGUGGUGUUCCUCCACCUUCUUCUUAUCCUCCACAACAACCAGGUGCUUAUCCACAAUCAAGCUAUGCUGCUUAUCCUCCAACUGGUGCUUAUCCUGCAGAUGAUAGUUAUUAUCAACAACCAUACGCUGAUCCUCAAGGUUAUCCUCCACAAACUCAACAACAACAACAACAAGGUUAUUAUGGUGCUGGUGCUGGUGGUGGUUACCCACCAACUUCUCAAGGUUAUUCUCAACAAGGUGGUUACUCUGGUUAUCACUAAAUUUAUUCAUUCCCCACUUCCUCCUUUUACAUUCUUCUUCUUAUUCGUCUUUACUUCUUUUCUUAUUGUUUUCCGCCACUAUAUUGUAAUAGUUCCUCUUUUCCCCCUUCUUUUAUUUUAUUUCCUUUAUAUUUUUUUUCUCUCUUUUACUCCAUGUUACAUUUUAUUUAUAACACUAUUGAAUAAACAUUUGUCAUUUAUCAUAGGCAUCCACCUAUAUAUUAUUUAUUUUUUUUAGUUUAACUUGUCUUCUUGAGUAUAUAUGAAAUAGAGACGCAAU